GGCGAGCAGCAACAUUUACAGAAGUGUGUUUUGGUGCAUGUCUGCCUGAUUUUCUGGAGCUGUUGGGACCUAAAACGACUUUCGAUGCAGCGAUAGAAACCCGAUCAGUUUGUGGGAGGCUUCAAAAAGUUUAAUCAUGAGUAGCCGAAGAAAGAGGGCCCCUCCUGUGAGGGUGGACGAAGAAGCCAAAAAGAGGUUAAACUGGAACAUGCUGGACGACCGCAAAAACGAGGAGAUCCUGGACGAUGACCAAACACCCACCUGCUCCAUUCUGCCUGCAGACCCUCCUCCCAGCAGCUCCUUUCUCACGACCACUGAGGACAUCGGAGAGGCUGCCUGUACCAGCUCUGUCCGGUUAACCGAGGAGCUUCCCGGUACGUCAUCAGACAGCACCUCUGCCUCGGCCUCCCUGGCCCUCACCGUGGUGCCAGCUUUAAAGAUGGGCCACAUCUGGAAGGCGCUUAUAGGGGAGUUCAGCGUCCGUCCUGCUUGGAUCCCGUCUGACUGUGAACUGAGAGCCUUCAUGCUCCACAGGACGGGUGAGCAGCUCUGCCUCAGUUACUGUAGCUGUGACGAGAGCGCAGGGCUGCAGUGGAGGCCCGAUGAGGACACCUGCACGGCGGAGUGCAGCCUCAACGUGAUCCCGCUGGAGGACCUCGACUGGAUGCAGAAGAGGAGGGUGCUGCAGCUCUGCCACCAGGAAAAAGACGGCUCAGUUAAGGUGGGGAUUUACUUGUUGGAAUCUGGGCUCGGGAAGCCGGAAUUCCUCAGCGAGGGAAAUGCUCGGAUGAAGAAAGCCAAUCAACUAAUGCAGAAGUUAAUGGAGUAUUUCUACGAUUUUAUUAUCCCCGAAGUUGUAGAGAAUGACGAGGAGGAGUGCGACACCGACCUGGAGAGGCAGAACGUCGAGGAGCUCUAUGAUUUCGUGAGGCAUCUGCACCAGAGAGAGAGCCGCGAGGUGACCUACGACGUCCAGCACAAAGCUCUUCUUCCUGUUCUCAGACCCUAUCAGAGCCAGGCCGUCAACUGGAUGCUGCAGAGAGAGAAAUACAGGAACGCUUCACCUAAAGAACAAACGCUGCAUUUCCUCUGGAGGGAGUUGAUCACUUUAUGUGGCAAGAAGUUGUUCUACAACCCCUUUACCGGCUGCUUGAUCCGAGAGUUUCCCCUGGCGGGUGUGGAGUGGCCUGGUGGGAUUUUGGCUGAUGAAAUGGGUUUGGGAAAAACGGUGGAAGUUCUGGCUCUCAUCCUGUUUCACACCCGACAAAACCUGGAGCAGGAGGCCCUCACUCUGCCUGUGGGAAAAUCUGUAAAUUAUUUCGUACCUCCUCCUCCUCUUGAAAGAAAGAAAGUUAUCCGCUGCAAGUCUGAAGUUCAGCCUAAAAUGAAAGUAUCCUACCCAACUGUGCGCGUUAUGCUCCUCACCGCAAUCAAGGAAAUGAGAUCUGGCAAGGGGGCCUCCGUUAACGCCAUCUUCACAUACAUCCGUGCCACUUACGGCUACGACCUCCUAAAAAACCGCAACCACAUCAAGAAGACGCUGGUGAAGCUGAUAGACGAGGGCCUGGUGGACCGGGUCAAAGGCCGCGGCUUGGCGGGGUCAUUUAAACUGGGGAAGAACUACAAAGAAACAAAGAAGAUGUUAGCAGGAGCAUCCAAGUUUACUUCUAAAACUACAGAGAGCACGCCCAGGAAAAUGUUUCAGAGACGAGCAAAAGAGAAGGCAGAAGCAGCUCUGCAAAACGCUCUGCUUACAGAUGAUCAAAGAGAUCUGUCCCCCCCUCCAGCAGACUGUCUGCCACCACAGGAGACGGAGACAAAGAAGGAAUGGGAUGAAAGUGUGAAGGAGAAAGCAGAUCAGUCCGAUGAUGUGCUUGAUACGUUAACGCCAGAUUUACAGAUGUCACACGAUAAAAGUGAGUCCGAUUCGCAGGACAUGCCCAGAAUGGAUGAUCUACCUGAAGAAAAGGGAGAUGCUCCUCAGCUUGAAUCACAGGAGACAGAAACCCCAACCAGAGCAUCUGUUAUUCCUUUCAACACCCCGGACUACCGCUUUGAGUGCAUCUGUGGUGAGCUCGGCAUUAUUGACUACAAGGCUCGCGUCCAGUGUAUGAACUGCCAGCUGUGGCAGCACGCAGACUGUGUGAACUACAAAGAGGAAAGCCUUGAAACGACACCUUUCUACUGCCCUCACUGCCUGGUCGCCAUGAAACCCGUCUCCACCGGCGCCACCCUCAUCAUCUCCCCGAGCUCCAUCUGCCACCAGUGGGUGGAGGAGAUCAACCGGCACAUCAAGUCCUCCUCGCUGCGAGUGCUGGUCUAUCAGGGUGUGAAGAAGCACGGAUUCAUCCAGCCGCACAUGCUCGCCGAGCAGGAUGUGGUCAUCACCACCUACGACGUGCUUCGGUCGGAGCUUAACUAUGUUGACAUUCCCCACAGUAACAGCAAGGAUGGACGGCGUUUCCGCAACCAGAAGCGCUACAUGGCCAUACCCAGUCCACUGGUGGCUGUGGAGUGGUGGCGCAUCUGUCUGGACGAGGCUCAGAUGGUUGAGUGUCCAACUGCGAAGGCUGCAGAGAUGGCUCUACGUCUCGCAUCUGUCAACCGCUGGUGUGUCAGUGGCACUCCUGUACAGAGAGGCUUAGAAGAUCUGUACGGCCUUGUACUUUUCCUGGGAGUUGACCCAUACUGGGUAAAACAUUGGUGGGACCAGCUACUUUAUCGCCCUUAUCGACGUGGAAACACCGAGCCGCUGUACAAUGUAAUCGCUCAGUUAUUGUGGCGAUCGGCGAAAAAAGAUGUCAUUGAUCAGAUCCAAAUUCCCCCCCAGACAGAGGAGGUGCACUGGCUGCACUUCUCCCCCGUCGAGGGUCACUUCUACCACCGUCAGCACGAGGUCUGCUCCCAGGACGCUCUGGUCAAACUCAGGAAGAUCUCAGACUGGAGCCUGAAACUUGGCAGCCUCGACCGCCGCACCGUCCACACCAUCCUGUGCCCACUGCUGAGGCUGCGUCAGGCCUGCUGCCAUCCACAGGCGGUGAGGGGGGAGUUCCUGCCUCUGCAGAAAAGCACCAUGACGAUGGAGGAGCUCCUGAAGUCCCUGCAGAAGAAAUGUCGAGUGGAGUGUGAAGAAGCUCACAGACAAUUGGUGUGCGCACUCAACGGCCUGGCUGGCAUCCACAUCAUCAGAGAUGAGUUUUUAGAGGCAGCAGAGAUGUAUAGAGAAGUGCUGCGUUCAUCAGAGGAGCACAAAGGCCGACUGAAAACGGAUUCAUUACAGAGGCUUCACGCUACCCACAAUCUGAUGGAACUGUUGAGUGCAAAGCAUCCUGGGAUACCUCCCACGCUGAGAGAUGAUCGACUAAGUGAGGAGGCGGAGCAGCUGCGACAGCACUACAUGACCAAAUAUGACUCAGAGGUUGCAGACGCCUAUCAUGCUCUGCAGCCGGUUCUCCAUAACAUCAAAGAGCUGAAACGCAAAGUCAACCUAAAUGCUCCCUGGUGGCUGGAUGUUAUCCAGAGGGCGAUCCGAUGCUCAAACGACGAUGAUCUAGUGUCUCGCAUCAAGAACGAACUGACGUCCAGCUACAAACAACAAGCCAACAAGCUCACCAUGGCCGACAAGUUUCGCGACGCCUGUGGUUUGCAGUUCCUGCUCACCACACAGAUGGAAGAUCUGAUGAAAUCGCAGAAGAUUGUCAGAGACGCGGUGAAGAGUCUCGAAGGCCCAGCAUCACAGAAAGUGAUUGAUGAGGUCACCAUUUGUCACCUCAGGCCGAUGAGACUGCCGCUCAAUAAUUGUGUGUUUUGCAAAGCAGAUGUACUUUUCACCGAUUAUGAGUCCAAGCUUUUUUCACACACGGUGAAGGGUCAGACGGCCAUCUUUGAAGAAAUGAUUGAAGAUGAAGAGGGGCUGGUGGAUGACCGUCUCCCCACCACCAGCAGAGGUCUGUGGGCAGCCAGUGAGACGGAGCGCUCUCUGAAAGCCAUCUUGUCUUUUGCCAAAGUGAAACGCAUGGACCAGGACCUGGUGGAGGAGGGCAACACUUUCAUGGAGCUGUUUGAGAACUGGAAGAAAGAGUACAAGGUGCUGCAUGAGUACUGGAUGGUGCUGAGGAAUCACGUGUCGGCCAUCGAUGAGCUGGGCAUGGCCACAGAGAGACUACGCGUGCGUCUGCCCGAUGAACCGAAGCCCAAACUGCUGCACAUCAUCGAGCCACAUGAGGUGGAGCAGAACAGAGUAAAGCUUCUGAACGAUCAGGCGGUGGCCAAGUCUCAACUCCAGAAGAAGCUCGGACAAUUUCUGUAUCUCACGAAUCUGGAGAAGUCCCAGGACAAGUCUACCGGAGGACUGAACCCAGAGCCGUGUCCCAUCUGUGCGCGGCCCCUGGGACAGGAGUGGGCAGUGCUGACCUGCGGCCACUGUUUCUGCAACGAGUGCAUUGCUAUUAUUGUGGAGCAGUAUAGCGUGGGCUCGAGGCGGCGUGCCAUCAAAUGUGCCAUUUGUAGACAGACCACAUCCCACACAGAGAUCUCCUAUGUGUUCACCACCCAGUCAUCUAGCCAGGACCAGGACAUACCGGUCAAGGGAAGUCACUCUACCAAAGUGGAGGCGGUAGUGAGAACACUAAAGAAGAUUCAAGUGACCGACCCCGGGGCCAAGUGUCUCGUCUUCUCCACGUGGCUGAGUGUCCUGGACAUCAUUGCUAAAGCCUUGUUCGACAACAACAUGGAGUUCUCUCAAAUUAAUGGGAUUCACAAAUUCCAGGAGAAUCUGUGCUCCUUCAAAUACGAAGAGAAGAUCAACAUCCUUCUCCUUCCUCUCCACACCGGCUCCAACGGGCUGAACAUCAUCGAAGCGACACACGUGUUGCUGGUGGAGCCGAUCCUCAACCCGGCUCACGAGCUCCAGGCCAUCGGCAGAGUGCACCGGAUCGGACAAACCAAGCCAACAUUUGUGCACAGAUUUCUUAUCAAAUCCACCAUUGAAGAGAGAAUGCAGGCAAUGCUGAAGACAGCAGAAAAAACUCACACCAGCACAACUAUGAAGCACUCGGAGGCUGCCGUACUGACAGUAGCCGACCUGGCUGAUCUGUUUACUGAAGACACAGAACAUCUGGAGUGAAUCUGAACACCUGGACACACAAGCAUGGAUCACCUACUGAAGAUACACAGGCAAAAACAGCUCACUCUGUACACCGCGGUGAUAGAAUUACUGUUAUUUUGCACAUUUUUUAAAUAUUAAAAUACUUAAGUAAUGGAAAACAUUCCCAAUAUGAUAUUUUAUCAGAUCACUGACAGCAGACUACAACAUGUCUCUUAACUGUUUGGAAUUUUUAAUCUCUUUGGAGUAUUUGUGUAUUUGGCUCACUUGUCAUAGCUGUAACUUACGGAUUCAAUAACUACGUCUGAUGCUCAAGUACAUGUUUGACGAUCACGUUUGACUAGACUGUACAGUAUUGUUGCUUGUUUUAAUCUAUUAUUAAGUAUAUGCAUUUGUAUACAACUUCACUGUUGUUGAAAAUGGGGGAAUUCAGACGCUGAUCGAGGCAUUCUCACAACAAUCAGGAAAUAAACGUCUGUCGAUGGCGAGGUGUCAGCCUGUUAUGACCAGC